AAUAGAAGGCUGCAGGCGCGUAACGGUCUUUACCGCGCGUAAAUCCGGUUUAUAAAUAAAAUUUAAUUAAACCAUAUUAGGGCAUAACGUUCAUUAUAUUAAACAUAUUUUUUAUCGGCAAAGCAAACGCAAUAUAUAUUAUUUUAAUUUCCCUCGAGAGUGCGAUAUCGAAAAAGUGUUCGUUUGAAAAGAAAUAGAUUUUGACAUUGACAGAUCUCACAAAAUGAAAAUAUUUACGUGACGUGACGUUCGGAUUUUAAAAAUUUAUCGUACUUUUUUUCUAAAAUACUGAUUCAAUUUUUUGUUAUGUGAAAUAUAGAAGUACAGUGACAAGAAAGCAAUGGUGCUGUGUAAAAUAAGGAUUUCAAAAUAGAAUGAAAUGGAUGAGAAUAUGCCCUAAAUCAUUAAUAUAAGAAACAAAAUAGCAUAGCAACAAUGUGAGACAUAAGCUAUAUUAAAUAUAAGGCCAGUAUUAGAUAUAUGUUUAAAUAUAAGAAGUAUGAAGCGGGAGUUCUCACAUUUAUUUAAGAUUCGACAACUACGAAACGAAAACUGACGAUACUUGAUGGUUUACAUGGACGAUAUUGGAGGCGCGGGGCGCCGAGGCGUUAUGCUGCCCACAUCUAUGGAGGCCUGCCCGCCACCGAUACAGCUGGAGCCCGUGGAUCUGAGCCUCAAACGACCAGCCACGCCCAGGAGACGAACGAGAUCCGGCAACACCCACCCAACAUCAUCGAAAACGGAUAUAAAGGAUGAAUCGUUUAAUUUAUCAUAUGGGUCAAAUCACGAAAUGCCAAGGAUCAAACUCGGUCCUGACCUGCGCAGUGCAAGGAAGAUGAAGACGCCGAUAUAUAAAUACAAAACGGAGCGCGAACCGCAGAUGCGCGCGCACGCGUCAAUCGAGCUGUCAAACGGUACGUCACCGCUGCCGCCAUUGCUGCCGUUCCCGCUCCCGCCACAGAUGAACCAGAGCAUUUCGAAUUUGGAACUGAAGAGCUACCUCUUGAACGCGGCACUGCAGAACGCGCUGACGGACUCUCUGAACCAAUUCACACAGGGCGCGUUUACGAAGACCGCUGCUGAUGAGAAGGUGGAUAUGGACGAUAAGAAGAGGCGGUUGCAUAAAUGCGAUGUUCUGGGCUGUACCAAGGUGUACACGAAGAGUUCGCAUUUAAAAGCGCAUAAGCGGACGCAUACCGGUGAAAAACCAUACAUCUGCAGCUGGGCCGGCUGCGGGUGGCGGUUCGCUCGUUCCGACGAAUUAACACGACAUACACGCAAACACACCGGCCACAGACCAUUCACUUGCCCGCUUUGUAGACGGGCGUUCGCUAGAUCCGACCAUUUAGGCCUGCAUAUGCGGAGGCAUUGAUGCGCAUAUGCGUAUAAAUAUGUGCAUAUGUGUAUCCGUGUUAUGCAUGUGUGUGUAAAGAUGCAUGGUAUGUUUGCUCAUACAAAAGAAAAAUAAAGAAAACAAUAAUAAAUAAAAUAAUUCAAUGUCAAUAUCAUGGAAUAACAAACAAAAAUGAAUGCUAAGUUAUUAUGCAUAUGUGUAGAAAUAUAUGUUUAAUGCUAAAACAUCGUAUAUGCGAUCAUUGACAUGCUUAUGCAUGACUUGCUCAAAUACGUCCUAACUUAUUCAAAAAAAUAAAAAGAAAUAAAUUAAAAUUUGAAAGGGUGGUUAAUAUGACUUAUACGUAAUGAUCGCGCAUGCGCGCACAAAUUUUACGCAUAUAUGCGUAAAUAUGCGCAUGACAUGUGAAAUAGAUAUUUAUGCACAUAUGCAUAGAUGGUUGUAUGUGUAUAUAUAUUUGUAUAUUGAUGACAUUUUCAGAUCAUAUGCGCAAUAAAUAAAUACAUAUAUGUAUAUGAUAUGAAAAUAUAAUUUUAUAAAUAAUUUAGGCAUAUGCUAUGAGUGGUUAAAAUUAUCCAGGCAUGUCUUAAGAUUUACAUUUAUGCAUGGCAUAUGUUUAUUCAUUAUCAUAUGUAUACAUGCUAAGAUAAUAACACAGCCUAUAAACAGACAUUUUAUUUAACUUUUUAUGACUAAUUCAAACAUUUUAAAAUUACUCAUUUCUUUAUAUAAAUAUGAUAUUUAAAAAUUUGAUAUUAAUAAGGCCAGUAUAGAUUAGUCUAGAAUAUACGUUUUCCUAUCCCAUUAUCCCAUUAUCACAUUUAUAUUUCUUAGAAAAUAAAGUAUAUAUUUCAAGAUAUAUGAUCUCUCCCAUCCUAUAUAAUAUCCAACAUCUAAUUAUCAAAUAUAACCUCACUCCGCCUUUCCCAUUCUGAUUGGUUUUAUCCCAUAAUCCCCUCCAGUUGUACCAUUAUAAUUAUUAUAAUGAAUGUGAUGUGUGAUGCAUCUUAUAGCAAACACAAAAAAUUAAGACAGACAGACACAUGACAAUGAAUAAUAUGUAAAAACAUCGUAUCGAUACGAAACAAAUGUAUCGAAAAUGAUGCGAUUUCAGAAGACAGUUGAAUAUGUUCUUUAGUUAUAAGUUUAAGUUUUUUUUGUAGCUUAACUGCGGCAUUAUUUUUACUUAAGGGCCAGUAAACUUUACAUGUUUUUAGCGUUAAGUUUUUUUUUUUUUUAAUUUUUGAUAAUCUUUUAGUACUUAGUGUGAUAUUUUUUCUAUCGUACAUGGGUUACUAGUAAUUAGCGUUUAUCUAAGAUAAAUGUUUUCAUUCCAUAGAAAGUAA